AGCGGAUCCAUUGGAUACCAGGGUUUUGCAUUGAAAGCCCCGGCUCCGAGCUCCGGCCGACUUUGGCCAUCGAUGUCUCCGGCCGGCUGCAUCAUCGAGGUUGCGCCGGAGUCCUACGCGCUGGGCUGCGAGCCAGGAAAAGCUACUGUGCUGCGGACAGGUGAGCACGGGAUCACCGCGGUCAAAGAUGCCGAGGGAGAGUGGCGGCUCUUGCUGGCUGAGGCAUCUCCAUUGCUGCUUCCGAAGCUUUGCGGUGCGCUGGCAAAGACACAGGCAGUUCUCUUCGCUGUCAAGCCGUCCAAAGCUGCCUUCCUGUGCCCCAAAACGCAGCUUCGCCUGGCGGCCAAAGCGGUCCUAGGCUGCGGCUGCGGGCUUCGCUUAUCAGGUACCAACCUGCAUCCGCCAAGCACCAGCACACGGACGCAGCGAGAUGUGGGCGUUUGGUUCCGAGGAGACUCGCGAGGUCUGUGGAGGCUGGAGGUGGGCGGCUUCUUUGUGGAGAUCCCCGGGCGCCGGCCGGGCAAGGUUGGGCCGCGCUCCGUGGAGAUGCGAGCUGCCUGCGGUGGAGUCAUCCUCGAUGGUUCCCGCCUUCCUGUCAUCGCUUCGCCACAGCGGCUGUUGACGGAAGGUGAGAAGCUGGACCAAGGCUGGGAUUUGCUGUGCCGGGGCAAGUACUUGGCAUUGGAGCUGGAGGAUGAGAAACGCCACGGUAUCUGGCUCUUCUGCGGCGGAUUCUUCGGGCGGGUGCUGGGGCCGGCCGUCGGUCCCGACUCAGUGGUUCAACCUGACCUGGAGAUCGAAGCCACUGUGGGCGAGGUCAAAAGCCCCGGCGUCUUCCAGGACGCCUCAGGGCUCAUGCUGGGCAGCUUCAAGCUGGAGGACCAGCAGUUGCAACACACCUUGCCGAGCGGCGAGGUGCAAAAUUGGAAGGUCCGGGGGAUGACCUUCAACCCUUUGGCGGAGGCGCCGGAGGUGGACCUCUCGGAGGGAGCGAAGGUGAAGUACUGGAGCGUCACAGUGCAGAAGUGGAUCCCGGCCACCAUUUUGAGCAAGAACCAGGAUGGAUCCUUUCGACUGGACCUCAAGAAGCGCGCGCUACGGUGCCACAUUGGGCCCUUUUACAAGGCAGAGGGAGACGCACCGACGCCUGGCCGCGUAACCACAUCAAAGAAGACCAAGAAGAAGCAGGAGACCUCCAGCGAGGUCUCAAGCUCCGCGAGUCCGUCCAGCGCGAGCAAGGCAAAACGGAAGGCGGGCAAAAGGAAGGCGGCGAGGGAGAAGGAAAGAGAAAGGAAGGAGAAGGAGAAGAAGCAGAAGGAGAAGUCAAAGCAGAAGAGAUUGCAGUUGGAGAGGGAGAAGCAGAAGAGAUUGAAGGAGAAGACACAGGAGAAGAGAUUGAAGGAGAAGGCAAAGGAGAAGAAGGAGGAGGAGAAGAGAUUGAAGCAGAAGGCAAAGGAGAAGAAGCAGGAGAGGGAGACGAAGGCGAAGGAGAAGGGGAAGAAGAAGGGGAAGGAAACAAAGGUGAAAAGCACGAAGAAGACGGGCCACACGCCAAAGAAGGAGCAUGGGCUUGAGCGCAAGAGUAAGAACACAAACCCAAAAAACAAGAAGCAGAGGAAGCGGGAGGAGAGCGACCAAGAAGAAAGCGACCAAGAAGAAAGCGAGCCGGCGGAAAGCGAGAAGGAGGAAAGCCAGGAGCAGAGCGAUCCGGAGGAGGACAGCAAGAGUAGUGUGAGUGAGAAUGACUCUAGCGAUAGCGAGGAGGGUGAGCAGAAGUUGAGGAAAAGGAAACGCAAGAAGAGAGAGGAGGAUAGUUCCCAGAAGCCACGGAGGCAAAGCAGCAAGGCUCAGGAGCACUCGAGCUAUGAAAGCAGUCGGAUUGGAAGCUCUCCCAGCCCAAGCUCUGAGGAUGAGGACUCUAGCUCCUCAUAGCACGAUGCUACACAACGGAGGCUCAACCUGAGCCGGGAUCCGAGGUCGAAAGACCUGGGGAGUAGUCGGGGCUGGUCAGCAACAUGUGCC